AUGGCGACGUUGUCCACCUCGACCACCAUCACGGAGCCAGUCCCAAUUUUCAAACUCGCCCACCGCUAUCUCCUCUACGAUGUCGACGUCGUGACCUACCUUAGAAGGGAGCACAACAUCGCCGGCGUCUUCAUCGGCACCCUGCCGCAAGCUUCACAGCAGAAUGUCUUUCUGGGCUUGCCGCUGGAGCUGAUGCCUGAGGAGGCUCGCUUGCUGGUCGAAAAAGGUGCAGCACACAUCGUCGACGACGUGGCACAGCACAAGCAGAACUUCCUCGCCAACAGUCUGGGCGCGGAAGAGCGGAAAGCAUACCAGGCGGCGUUGCGAAAGCAAGGUCUUGGUGCUGCGAAGGAGGCGAGUAAGAAGAGCGACGAGAAGAAAAAGAAUGCUUUGAAGAAGAUGGCAACGGAGAACUGGAAUGAUAUCCCGGACGACAUGUUCAGUUCAACACCGAGACGGGGUAGAAGAGCACCGCAAGCGAAGCAAGAGGCGCCCGCUGCCAGCAGCGAUGUGUCGGACGACGAUACGCUGUUUGCUUCGUCUGCCAACUCGUUUCCAGCCGGCUCCGUCGUUUCACGCACAGCGUCGAACGCAAGCACACCUGGGCCCGAGCCAUAUGGAGUCACGCCGACCACUUCGUAUCCACCUUUGCAGGCGCUGAAAAUCGACGACGGCGAUAAACCAGAGCUGCCAGUUGUACCCAAGUCAUAUCCUGUCUACAGACACCUGCACGACAAAGGCUACUUCUUGGCACCAGGUCUUCGCUUUGGCUGUCAAUACAUGGCGUACCCCGGCGACCCACUGCGAUUUCACUCUCACUUUCUUUGCAACGGCAUGGACUGGGACCAAGAAUUUGAUCUUCUGGACUUGGUCGGUGGUGGACGUCUUGGCACUGGCGUCAAGAAGGGGUUCCUCGUCGGUGGUGAGCAGCCUAACGAUUCCAAGACCGACGAUAAGCAGGAAAGUGAAAAGCAGGAAGUGCGCACCUUUGGCGUCGAGUGGGGUGGCAUGUAG